ACUGAAGCUUCACAUUUAAGAAAGCGGAAAAAACUGUUACCGGGGCGAAAGAUCUCAUCUGAUACGAAAAGCAGAGAGUCUGCAGAACGAUCAAAGGAAUCAAUGGAACGAUCAAAGGAAUCACUAGAUCGAUCAAAGGAAUCAAUAGAUCGAUCAAAGGAAUCAGUGGAUCGAUCAAAGGAAUCAAUUGGUAGGACUGCAGUAAGGAGGAUUAAAAGCGAGGACGGCCGUCGAAAUAAUAAACCGGAUUCUACUGUUCAAGUAAGAAAGAAAGGCAGCAAGAGGGAAGCCGACAACGAAACUGGUGGAGAUGGUUUAUACGAAGAUGUGGUCAUCAAUGACGGCAACGACUCAGUAUUCAUUCCACAGUUUAAGUGA